CUGUACAAUGCCAGAUCAGUUUUUGAUGUACUGUGUAUAUUUUAUGAUCUAUAAAUAAGGGUCCCUGCUGGUGGAUAAAAACUGGAAGGAUAAAAUAAUCAAAAUAGGAGCUUGACACUGCGACCUCGCCAGCCACGUGAAGCAGCCACGCCUGCGGUCGUGCGUAAAGACUGCAACAUCAACCGCGGCACGGGCGGAGAGAGAGGCUGACUUGAUGGAGCGGAGGUGAGCCGGUGCGGGGAGCAGCUUCUCAAUGAACAUCGUCUGAAAGCGAGUGCAGUGGGUGGAGUUUUAAGAUGCUUUAGGUACAGUAGAAGUUGUUGCCUUCACACGCCGAAGCCAUGCGUAAUAAGUGUGACCGCCGCCGAUGAGGAGGAUGCUGGAGCAUGAGGCAGGAGCAGACAUGCGACUGGUCCGUCAGAUCAGCGCAGGUAUGAAGAUCCAGGCUGGGGGGGAGCACAAGGGCUGCGGCAAAGUCGGAGAAAAUCAGGAGAACCAGGUCAUCUGUUUGCAAUGUCAAGAGGAGGUGGUGCGGGUUUGUCCGGGAAGCCCGCGGAGUCCUCGCCGCGCCAUCGCGACGCGCCUCUCCUCCGGAUCCGCAGACCGUGAGCCCAGCAGUAGCAGCUACAAUGCUUCUUCAGGAACCUUCUACAGCUGUGUCAGUCAGAUCACCAUCGGGUUUGACCUCGGUGGUCAAGUGGCCAUCGGCUUUUCCCACUGGAAGAGUCCUUUCCCAGCGAGUGGCCAGAAUCUCCCCAGCCCAGACUGCGUUCACUCUGAGGCCUCUGCUGUCCCACCCAUCAGCGAGUACCUGGAGCCAGUGUCUUGCCCGGCGUCGCUGUCAAUCACCCCGCUGCCCACCUAUAGUGCCAGUCAGGAGACACUCUGUGACAGCAGCACCAGUGUGAGUUUAUCUCUACAUGGGUCUGAGCCCCAGCGGCGGCGCCCCCACCGACACAGAGUCCAGCUGCAGCCCUCGGCCUCAGGCUACCAGGCAGCGGACAGACCUCUCGCCUUUCCCUCCUCCGGGAAGGCAGACAUCAUGGAGGAAUCCUCGUCUAAAGCCACGGACACCAGCACUCAAGACCAUGUGCCUCCCCUCGCUGUGAAGGAUGUUAAUGUGCUGCUUGAGAGAGAAAGGUCAGAGGGCACCAGCAGCCCGUCCAGAGAUGACGACUCCACUCUGCUGAACCCGGGAACCAACAGCAGCAUCCUUGACGACAACACAAAGUCUGAUACUGGCCUCCCAGAGGGGAGGAGUAAGUCCAGUGGCCUUUGCUUCAGCGAUGGAAAUAGUCGCAUUGACUACAUCCUGGUUUAUAGGAAGUCCAGCUCACAGUCAGAGAAGAGGGAGAUAUUUGAGCGGAACAUCCGCGCAGAAGGCUUACAGAUGGAAAAGGAGGCCUCUAUAACAAACAGUGACGUGAUUUUUCUGAAGCUUCAUGCACCGUGGGAUGUUCUCUGUCGCUACGCAGAGCUCAUGAACAUUCGCAUGCCAUUUAGGAGGAAAAUCUUUUACAAGCACCGACGGCACAAGUUCAUGAGCAGGAUGGAAAAGCGCAUCAACAAGUUUCGUGGCUGGCUUCCCCGCAAGCCCAUGAAAUUCGAUAACGACACUCUGCCCGACCUGGAGGAGAACGAGAGCUUUACCGCCCCCUUCUGUCGAUCAAGGAUACAUCAUUUCAUCAUCCACAACAAAGACACUUUUUUCAACAACGCCACCAGAAGUCGCAUCGUCCACCACAUCCUUCAGCGGGUCAAAUAUGAGGAGGGUAAAAACAAGAUGGGGCUUAAUCGUCUUUUGAACAACAGUUCCUAUGAGGCAGCUUUCCCUCUUCAUGAGGGCAGCUACCACAGCAAGAACUCCAUCAGAACACACGGAGCAGAGAACCAUCGGCACCUGCUGUACGAAUGUUGGGCCUGGUGGGGGGUUUGGUACAAGUACCAACCACUGGACCUCAUCAGGAGGUAUUUCGGGGAGAAGAUAGGUCUGUACUUCGCCUGGCUCGGCUGGUACACAGGGAUGCUGUUUCCUGCAGCUCUUGUCGGCCUCUUGGUAUUCCUGUAUGGCCUCUUCACUCUGGAGCACUGCCAGGUCAGUAAAGAAAUCUGCCAGGCCACUGACGUCAUCAUGUGCCCCAUCUGUGACCAGUACUGCCCCUACCUGAGACUGUCAGACAGCUGCAUCUACGCCAAGGUCACCCAUCUCUUCGACAAUGGCGCAACUGUUUUCUUUGCCGUAUUCAUGGCUGUUUGGGCAACGGUCUUUCUAGAGUUCUGGAAAAGGCGCAGAGCUGUCCUCGCAUACGACUGGGACCUCAUUGACUGGGAGGAAGAGGAGGAAGAAAUACGCCCUCAGUUUGAGGCCAAGUACUCCAAGAAGGAGAGGAUGAACCCCAUAUCUGGAAAACCUGAGCCAUACCAGGCCUUCACUGACAAAUACAGUCGCCUCAUCGUCUCAGCAUCCGGAAUCUUCUUUAUGAUACUGGUGGUGAUUGCUGCUGUGUUUGGCAUUGUCAUUUACCGCGUGAUCACUGUCAGCACCUUUGCCGCCUUCGGCUGGGCUCUCAUCAGGAACAACUCUCAGGUGGCGACCACUGGAACGGCAGUCUGUAUCAACUUCUGCAUGAUCAUGCUCCUCAAUGUGCUCUAUGAAAAAGUUGCUCUUCUUCUCACUAAUUUAGAACAGCCAAGGACAGAAUCUGAGUGGGAGAACAGCUUUACCCUCAAGAUGUUCCUUUUUCAGUUCGUCAACCUCAACAGUUCAACUUUCUACAUCGCCUUCUUCUUGGGAAGAUUUACAGGCCGGCCUGGUGCAUAUAUACGCCUCAUCAAUCGCUGGAAACUGGAAGAAUGCCACCCCAGUGGCUGUCUCAUUGACCUCUGUAUGCAGAUGGGGAUCAUCAUGGUGCUAAAACAGACCUGGAACAACUUCAUGGAGCUCGGCUACCCGCUGAUCCAGAACUGGUGGACACGGCGGAGGCUGAGGAGAGAGCACGGACAGCACGCCAAGGCCAGCUUCCCACAGUGGGAGAGGGAUUAUAACUUACAGCCAAUGAAUGCCUAUGGACUCUUUGAUGAAUACUUAGAAAUGAUUCUACAGUUUGGCUUCACCACCAUCUUCGUGGCAGCUUUCCCUCUGGCCCCCCUCUUAGCACUGCUCAACAAUGUCAUCGAGAUUCGUUUAGACGCCUACAAGUUUGUCACUCAGUGGCGGCGACCUCUGCCCUCACAAGCCAAAGACAUAGGGAUUUGGUAUGGCAUUCUGGAGGGCAUAGGCGUCUUGGCUGUCAUCACCAAUGCCUUUGUCAUCGCUGUUACCUCAGACUUCAUCCCUCGCCUUGUUUAUGCCUACAAGUAUGGACCUUGUGCUGGUCAAGGUCGAGCAGGGGAAGGGUGUAUGAUGGGUUACGUUAACGCCAGUCUCUCAAUAUUUCGGGUGUCUGACUUUGAGAAGAGGUCACAGUCAAUGACUAAUGGCUCUGAGCUGUUUGGAGAAGCUGUAAAGUAUUGCAGGUAUCGUGACUACAGGGAGCCUCCAGACUCCGCAGAGCCCUACUCAUACACUCUACAGUUCUGGCACGUCCUGGCAGCCCGCCUAGCAUUCAUCAUUGUGUUUGAGCAUAUGGUCUUUGCAAUCAAGACCCUGAUUGCAUACCUGAUCCCCGACCUCCCAAAAGACCUGCGGGAUAGAAUGCGCAGAGAGAAAUACCUGAUCCAGGAGAUGAUGUAUGAGGCUGAGUUAGAGAGACUGCAGAAGGAAAAAAAUGAGAAGAAGAAGAAAGAAAGGGCACAUCACAAGGAAUGGCCCUGAAUGCGCCAACUGGUUAUUAGCUAGUGUUCGGUUUUCACUGCAAACUGGAGGAAGGAGAGGAGCGCUGGGUUUCCUGCAUGAUUCUGGACCCUCAUACUUCCCUCCUGCCAUGUCAGACCAGCACCUUCAACUGGACAGCUGAUGAACUGCACCCAGCAGGGCCACACGACAACCAUGGGGCCUACGUGCCUGCAUACACCUAACAGAUGUCCCCUUGAACAUCGGCAGUGGGUUUUGCUACCUUUUUUUUCUCCAGAUAGUUUCUACCACUUUGGACUCUCAACAGCGUAUGUCUUCAGAUCCUGAAUGUAGAUUUCAAGCAAGACUAAACUUUUACAGAUUUCUUGUUUUAGACAAAAGAGAAUAACUCUACUGAGCUUACUGAAUGACAAACCCUGUUUACAUUUCUCCUUGUCCAAGGAGCUCACAUAUUGCUUUAUUGUAAAUAAAGAUAUUUAAAUGAAUGUCAGGCCAUCUGCUCUGCUAUAGUGUAGUGCAAUAAAUACUAGAGAAUGCAAUUUCUGAGGAAAGUGCGGUGGGAUUGCUGGCUGCUGAAAAUUGGAAAGUCAGGAACUGCAAUGCUUGAAAAGCUGGAAGCUGAACUACACUGCGUCAUGUAUAGCAGGGAGCUGAACAGUAUCGCUUGAUAAAUGGCUGGAAGCUAAACUCCAUCACUGGUUUCUCUUUGUAUGAAGGAAAAGCUUAAGGAGUAUGAAGAGUUAGAAUAAUAGGAAAGGGCAAAAUAUAGUGUGAGCAAUAAAGAAAAAAAGUCAUUGAAAUUUUUAUUUUAAAAAUCUUUAGCACUCAGGAAGUCUGCUGUGAGCUCUUGAUACCUUAUGGGGCUUUUAUUUUGAAAAUCUAUUGGCCCACCUGAAUAAAUUCUUAUAUCCACAAGCUGUUAUUUAGAAAAUUCUACAUACACCAGAGUCCACCGGAAAAGCUUUCCCUAUACUCAGGGAAGCAGUCUAAUUCGCAAAUCUCAUUCACCUGUGUGUCCACACCUACAGUUAAAGGUUGCCAUGGUGACAACCUGCUGAGUGACCCCUGGGUCAUACAGUUUUGUUAGAGAUUAAGCUGAGAGGCACCACUCAAACUAUGGCUCAUUACUCACGGACUGUAAUUCCUAUCACCUAAAUAUGUAUCGUGAGAGAGAGGGGACUCAGCUGAAAAUGUUGCUGUAAAAUAUGUUAGAGGAUGUUUGUUUUUGUUUUUUUGUUUGUUUGUUUUCUUAGUUCAUUUUUCUAUUUUGCACCUGGAAUUUCCUGUCUAGUUAACAUUUUGAGACUCAUAGUGUAAAUGUGUAAGUCCGUGCGUAGAUAGUCACCUUUUUUGAAGACUGCAAAUUUUUCAACACAUUGGUGAAAAGAUGAAGAGUGAAAAUUGCAGGGGUGCGGAGUUGAAGAGAAAAGUUUAUCAGCCUCUAACUUUGAACAUUCCAUCUAUUCAUUUGAAUCAGGAAAAGGCCAGAAAAAGGCUGAAUAUUUUGUAAAGUAUGAAACAUACAAACACUAAAAGUAAUUUAAAAAGAAUGUCCUAUGUGUGCUGAAGAUUUUGAAGUCUGAGUGAAGCUCAACAGCACUGAAGAAGAAGAAGAACAUAGAUUGGAUUGCAGCUUUUGCCCAACAAUCCCACUGAUAAUGAGAGUCUAAGAACAUAGAUGGGAUUUCUUGCAAUCCCACCAAUAAAAGUUAAAUAGAGAUUAAUUCUAUAAAGGCUGUGGCAGCGUCUACAGUUGGCUUAAAUGAGAAAUGCUUUCCAUUUAAAUUUAGGUUCAU